AUGGAAAAACCUUAUCGUGAUAUGAAGAAAACAAUGCUGAAAUGGAACUUCUGCAGAGGUUUUGUUUUUAGCCCAACGUCGUUGGCUUUGCAAAUAAGAGGUUCGUACAUUCAACACCAGUUAGUUUUACAGACAAUAAACGAUUUAAAGCCUCUUUUGCUAACUCGCUUGGAGGCCUCAAAACAAUUAUCAGGUGAAAAAUCCGAACAAGAAUCUGACGAUCAUUUAACUGAUACCAGAAAACUAAAGGUUUCAGCAAGAAUGGAUGCCUUAGAAUCAAAAUUUGACAAGACACAAGAAAUUUUAGAAACCAUUUUAAAAAGUGUUACCAACAACAGAUCCGAACAGGAGGAGGAAGAAGACUUUCUUUAUUCCGAUCGCUCCGAAUAUGAGUCGGAUGGUGUAAAUUACGACAAUAUGGGAUAG